GGAUGUAGCAUAGCUAGCUAGCAUGUAAGCGUACAUUUAUAUUUGAGUAAAAUGACGAAAAAAUGUGGGCAAAAUGUAGGACUUAUCAUUUUUUCAUGGUUAAAUAUAGCCUAUUUUUGACCAGUAGUCGUGGACAUGCUGUUGCCAUGGAUACCUUGCAAGAAAUGGAAAGAUUUGAAUGUUGUUGGCAUAAAACAACAUUCUGAAGAGAAAGCCCGAUGGAACAGAGAGCGAUUUGUCACCUCUCCUAUGAAAAGCCUUUUAUUUGUUCUACAGGAUCCAGUGGAGAAGGUUUCAUAGUAGUAAUCCUGUUAUUUCAGCAUUCUCUUUAGCAUAUAUCCCUAGCUCUUUUGCCUUGCAGUGCCCUUGUUAUAGCACAAAAAAACCAGCAUAACUAUGAUUAUCAACUUGUGAAUAAUUACAAUGCACUAAAUGUGAAAAUACUGCUAAUUUCAUCUAUUUAUAUAUAACAAAUUCUAAUAUUUAAUUCUGUAUAUUCUGGUUUGAAUAUACAGCAGGUUUUCUCUCCUUCCCAUGCAAACCUUAGAGUUUACAAUGUUUUUGCAUAUAUUUAUAUUAAGUGAUGUGUGGUUGGGGGAAGUGUGCUGAGUUGGCACAGACGAGAGGAAAGAUUGACACAACUCAGAUCCUUCAAAGCAGAGAUGAUGAAAUUUGUUUCGAUUUUCUUCCUGGUAGGAAGUUGUGGCUUGGUUGAAGGUAUGAUAAGAGAAUAUAUUCACUAUCCUUACACAACAGAUUGGUAUAAUGCUCAGCAAAUCUGCCGAGAACACCACACUGAUCUGGCUACCAUCAGCACCACAGAGGAACAGCAGCGACUUGUAGAGAGUUUUGGUUUCAGCAGUGGGCCAGCUUGGAUUGGGCUGUACACAGAAAGUGUAAACUCAGAGUGGCAGUGGUCUCAUGGAGAGCCAGUUUCUUUCUUACCAUGGUAUCCUGACUAUCCUGAUAACAUUAAUUACAUUUACAUUCGUAAUCGAAAAAUUUAUGACCGAUACGAAAGCUGUGCUUUUUUGGAACAAGGACAAUGGAAAAACAAUUUCUGUGGGGCACGUUAUCCAUACUACUGUUAUAGAUAUUUGAUUUUGGUGAAUGAGAGCAAGACUUGGGAGGAGGCUCUUCGGUACUGCACCACUAAGUACACCGGCUUGGCCUCUCUGUCCUACGCCACACAAGUGCUUCAGGCAAAAACGGAGCUUGCACUGACCCAAACAGAGAGUGUGUGGACCGGCCUGCGCUUCAUGGAUGGAAACUGGUUCUGGCUGAGUGGAGAGCCAACGCAGAGCCUGGAUUUACUUCCAUCAUGUCCAGCUCAUCACUGCGGAGCUCUCAACAACAACACAAACAUCUGGGAGAACCGAGACUGCAACGAGAAUCUGAAUUUCCUCUGCUACUUGAAUAUUAUGUAGUGAUCUCUGGCUGCACCCCUGCAUUACAUAUGACUUUCCACAAGAAGAGAUCUCCUACAGGAAGAUUACAUGCAUGACACUUUUCUUCUUUUUUGCUUUUACUUAUUAAGAUGUAUCAUAUGUUUGGCUUUCCUUAUUCAUAGGUAAUUUAUAGCAUUGAAACUGAAUGUCAGGCUUAGAUAGAAAGAUAGAUAAAUAGAUCAAUAGAUAGAUAGAUAGAUGUGGGGUAUGACCCAGCUUUUCCUUAAUUUCCAGUGGCCUUCAUAUAUCAAGCUGGAUACAAACAGACGUAAAUUAUCUUCAAUUGUUCUUAGGAGCAUUUACACAAGAAAUUUGGUAUUGAUGAAAAUCCUGAAAUUUUCAGAAAAACACUCGUAUCCUCCUUGUGCUCCUGGCUGUGUGUAAAUUUUACAUCCAACUAACUAACAUAAACCUUGAUUGAUCCGCUUCAAAACAUCAUUUUCCUGCUGCACUUUUAUAUACAGACUACACAGUCAAGUUUAAACCACUAUUUAGUAGAUUAGUCAUUUUAUUCAUAUAUACUAUAUCAAUAUUGACAUGUUCUAUUAUCAGUCUUUCAUAAUGCAUUUGAUCUGACUUUCACUGCAGUCAAGCAGUGCUUCAUUUUUAGUGGAAAAAGAUCGGUUUUAAACCUGUGCACUCUUGACGGAGCAAGAUUUCCGAGUUUCCUGCUCUUUUAUUCCUCCCUUUUUAAUAAAAGGUUAUUCACUAAAAAGAGAGCACUGUUGGACAUUAUUACUCGCUUUUGUGUAGAAAUAUUAAAGCUUAAAAACUGUCAUUUUGAAGUAAAACAUAUAUGCUAAUGUAAUAAAUAAAUGCUUUUCAAAAAUCAAGACAUGUUUAUUAUUCAGUGACAAUAACAUCAAAAUAUCUCUCACAUUCGCUGCUGCUAUCACACAGGAGGAGAUAAUCACUCUUCCGUCAUUUGUUUUCAAUAAGAGGUGGGUGAGCAGGAAAAACAAAGUAUGUAGAGUUGCAGGUUGGAGACAUCCGAGAUGCAAACUUAUGCCUUUGAUGCAAAAUUUCUCACCUUCUGAGGGAGAGAGAACGGCAUGAGGAAUGGACUACAUUCCCAGUUUGGCUAGCAAAUAGUUGACACAGAAGCAGGAAAUAAGCACAUUAUAUGGUUAAUCUUUCUCAAAUUGCAAUUAAAUCACCAUAUUGAAUGUAGCAUAUCUAGCUAGAAUGUAAGCGUGCAUUUAUAUUUGGGUAAAAUGACAAAAAAAUGUGGUCAAAAUGUAGGACUUCUCAUUUUUUCAUGAUUAAAUAUAGCCUAUUUUUGACCAGUAGUCAUGGACAUGCUGUUGCCAUGGAUACCUUGUAAGAAAUGGAAAGGUUUGAAUGUUGUUUGCAUGAAACAACAUUCUGAAGAGAAAGCCCGGUGGAACAGGGAGCUAUUUGUCACCUCUCCUAUGAAAAGGCUUUUAUUUGUUCUACAGGAUCCAGUGGAGAAGGUUCAUAGUAGUAACCCUGUUAUUUCAGCAUUCUCUUAAGCAUAUAUCCCUAGCUCUUUUGCCUUGCAGUGCCCUUGUUAUAGCACAAAAACCAGCAUAACUACGAUUACCAACUUGUGUGUAGUUUCAAUGUACUCAAUAUGAAAAUACUGCUAAUUUCAUCUAUUUAUAUGCAUGUAACUAUACAAAUGAAUUCUACUUGUUCACUUCUUGUGAAAUAAAUAAAAUGAUUCUACAAAUCUGGUUUCCUCAGUAUUAAUAAUAUGUUUUACUUAUAUAGCACCAUUCCACAGCUCAAGGACAC